AUGCGCAGUACGGGGUACACCGCACAGAACCCGAAAGUCGAUCAACUGUUUUGUGACAGGGAACUGCCCUUUGGGUGGUACAAGUUCAAUGGAGGAUUAAAACUGGCGACAGCGUGUCAGACGGAGUACCACUGUAACACCCAUCUACCGAUGUGGAUGGACGGCACGCAUCCUGCUGCUCCAGGGGCCGUCGUCACCAACAAGGUUUGCGCGAUCGAUAUGACGGGCCAGGAUUGCUGCUCCUACCAAAGCACAGUCAGGGUGAUGAACUGCGGUACUUUUUUCGCCUAUGAACUCAAACCCGCGCCCGGGUGCCACAUGGCCUACUGUGCUGGAAGUGGAACCCCCUGUCUUCCACACCAGACGUCAGCAACCGGCUUCACACCGGGAUGUUACGACAAGUUUCCCCUGAUGCUGACUUCACCACACUUAUCGGACCCAAUUUUGACGCCCGGGUCUUUCAAAUUCCAGUGCGAUAUUAAUUUUGACCACGCACGACGUGAUGUCGGUUUUGACGUAAAGUUUCUUUUUGACGGCAAGCCCGACCGUAACGUCCCGCCCGUGCACAUUACUGACGGCGUCACCAGGCACGCUGACCUAGAUCAAAAUCUUCUGAAGGGUCAUAUGGGGCAAAAUGUGAGCUGCGCCGUACGGACAUUCUUUCUAACUCCCCCAAAGCCCGGCACCCAUUUCAACAGCCCCUAUAUUCCUAGUAACGGCUACUGGGUCGGCAUUAAGAUAGACACAAACCGCCUUAUAGUCGGAGAAAAUGAGAAGCCGAAGACUGUUUCCAUCUACUCCACAGUCCCUAUCCGCUGUCCUCCCCCACACGACAAAACAUGCAACCUUGAGAUUGAACUUGAUCCCGUAAACAAUAACGGACAGUUGACCCUUGUGAAAGAUUGUAACGUACACUUCACACCAGCAAUGUGGGACCCACAGACACAUAGGGCAACCACCACUUUCCAGGUGUCUGCCACCAGGGACGGUAAGGCGGACAAGGAUAAGGACAUCUUCCUACAUUUUAAUCCCAUUUUUACCGCUGAUGCCUCGCCCAUCUUCAACAACUACCAAGUUCCGUUCAUGCAGAUUUUAGCAAAAGAUAAAAACACGUCUUCCUGUUGGUGUACUGGCGACCCUCACUGUAAUACCCUGGACACAACCCUCACGAAGAAGGGCUCCUAUUUUGACUACUACUUGAUCGGAGAAUUUACCAUGUAUAAAAGCACCACCAGAGACUUCCAGGUACAAGUUAGGACGUGGACAUGUAAUGGAAAAGUGUCAUGUAACUGCGCAGUCGCAAUGAAAGAGGGAAAUGACGUCGUAAUUCUCGACAUGUGCCACACACAGUAUGGGACUUCUUUUCCGCGUAUAACUUUUCCCAACAAGGGCGCAAUCUCUCAUGGAAUGGUGGUUAACAGGGAUGCAGCAGGGAACAGUUGGACUGUGAGUUUUCCAUCAGGCGCCCAGAUUAAAGUUACAAACAACCGUGGCAUAGCAUUGGACGUGUACAUAACUGCCCCUGAAGACGACUUCUCCGGUACGCAGGGUUUGUGCGGCUUUUUUGACGGGAACAGGGACAACGAUAUGAAGUAUCCGACAGGAAAGACUGACAAUUUCCCGACCACCCGUCGUACACAGAAUAACAACUUCGUCAAUAGCUGGAGGAUUCCAACUGGCGACUCGUUUUUCGACAAGACCCCGGCCAUUGACCCAAAACUGAACAGGAACAUGUAUUACUGCAAGUGUGACCAGAAAGUAAAGGGUCAAGUUACAUGCAGCAUCGAUGGCAACACGGCAGUUCCCGCCGUCCAGCGGUGCUGUGCAGUUAAUGUUGCCAAAAACGGGCAUCUGAACAUGUCGGCGAUUACGGGCAAUGGUCGCCGUCGGCGUGCCGCCAAUACCAUACUUCCAGACGAUUACCCUGCAGACUACUACUUCAAUUAUGGACUUUUGUUCCAGCCACAACUGUUAGCGAACUUUCCGAGUGUAAACGGAAAAUCCCGAGCGGAAGCGGAAAAAGCCUGUAACUCUGCGAUCGAUAAUAACCCGACUUUACAACAGUGCAUUGCCAAGGCGGGGCUAGAUUUCUCCAACGAAAAAGAUAUUUGUGUCGAAGACUUUAAGUAUUUUGACAACGGAGAGCUAGUCCGAAGCGCCCUGCAUACUGCCAUAUUCAAGUGCACCGACCACGUGCUACGUAACGUCUCGCUCUAUGACGUCAACGGUAAUCCACCUGUAUACGUCACCAGCGAGCUCUGUCCGGAUUACGAUUGUAAUGAUAAUGGCGCAUGUGUGAACGGAACUUGUAUCUGCAACCAUGGCUUCGUAGGUGACACGUGUGAGAUAAACUCACAAAAGGCACCACUGCUUUAUGGAGUUUUAAGCACGGCAUAUAUCGGGAAGUCGGUAUUGUGUGACGUCAGAGAGCGCGAGUGCGUGACGUCAUAUGUGCACGGGGACAAUAUUUACGACAACUCUCGUCUCUCAUGUAGAGUCCGCGUCAUGGAGUUUGACGGUCAUGGUUUCGUUUACAAAGGCCACACAUUCACUACCGGUGUGGUCUAUAGGAGCAUGUUUGACGUCGGAUGUCGCCUACCAACUAAGGCUUCCAUUGGGGGUCAGACUGUUGUUGGCUUCAACAUUUCCGUGACAAACGACGGCCACACAUACAGUAAUGAUAUAACUGCCGUACGGACAGACAGCAAAUGUGCCAACUGUCUAAAAUCAGGGACAUCGUGUACGGUGAAGUCUGGUACCUGUCUGAUUGAGGGUAACUGCAGGACGUCGGGGGAGGUGAACGCCAACAACAGGAACCAGCAAUGUGACCCCACACAUAGUCAGACGGCAUGGACCAAUAUCCAGCCCGGAACCCCCGGAGAGAGCCACCCCGUCACCACCCCACCCACCGCACCCCAAGGGGGUACCUAUUUCAAGAGAUUUGAUAUCUGGACAUUCUCACAGAGCGGAUGUCAGUGUGCUCAUAAUCACGCGUUGUACACGUGCGCGUGCUGUGACGUUGGCGGAUGUCAGUGUCAAGCGCCAAAUUCCAAUCAGUGUGUGAAGUGUGGGGAUACCAAGAGCUGUGGACAUCCUCUGGCUGCCCCCGACAACGGUGUGGACGGCUAUACGACCGCCAUAAACGACUGUGAAUGCAAGUUUGACCGUAGCCAGUCAAACUGUGGAUGCUGCAGGGAGGGUAUGGGUGCAUGUCAAUGUGGACGUACCCACCGGAACCAAUGUGUCGCCUGUGACCAUAUGGACCAAUGCGGCAACAAGCCCUGGAUCUUCGGACCGCCGAUGGCCUAGGGACCACUUGUAUAUUGAUAUACCCCGUCGAUGGCCUUCCCUGAGGCAGGGGCACACUACAUGAGGUGUAGUGAAUGUAACCAUUUAUUAACGUGAACAUGGACACUUAAAGGCAUUAGA